AUGGCUUCAAAAAGAAUUUGUCUGUGGCUUGUUUUUAUGAUUAUUACACAAGCAGUAGAAGAAGAUAUAAGAUUCGUGGAAAUGUCUUUAAUGCCUGAUUGCAUAUUUCAAUGUGCUAAUACAACUUGUUUACCAUUCAUUAAUGUUAUUACACCAAAUAUUAAGGAUUGUCAAGUAGCCUGUUUAGCUCAAAGUCAAUGCACAGCAGCUACGUUUCAUCGAUCAACUUGUAGUUGUGAAUUAUUUGCUGAUAUACUGAACCAAGAUGAAAAUAUGCUGGCUGAUGCGGACGUUACUACUAUGAUUAUUAUUGCUGGAACACGAUUUCCACCUGUAUGCCACCUAUCUUCUCAAUCGACAUGGUCACAAACAGCGACUACGAUAUUUGGCAGCCAAGCAGGUACAUCUGGUUCUACCCUUUUUCUUCUUAAUUCUCCAAAUGGAAUGUAUUAUGACCAACCCAAUAAUCGAUUAAUCGUUGCCGAUCAAGGAAAUUCUCGUGUUCUACAGUUUUCUCUUAAUAGUUCACCUUCAGUUGCAACAGUAAUUGCUGGAGGUAAUGGCCAGGGUUGCAAUAUGAAUCAGCUUAAUAAUCCUUCUGGAGUAGGUCGUGAUAGUUCUGGUCAAUUGUAUGUAGCAGAUUACAAUUGCAACCAGAUCGUUAGAUUUCCAUCAAAUUCAAAUUCAGCGACAUCUGGAACACUUCUCGCUUCUAUAGAUACACCAACAGUAAUAUCCGUAAAUCAAUUGACCAAUGAUAUCUAUGUACUUAGCAAUACUGGUAGUGUGGUAUACAAGUUUGUUGGAGGCAGUGGACCACCAGUGGUUGCAGCAGGUGGCAAUGGUUAUGGGAAUGCUUUGAAUCAGUUUUUAACACCAAAUGGUGUUUACUAUGAUUAUUUACAUACAAAUGCUUUGUACGUUACCGAUCAAAAUAAUUAUCGUAUAAUGAAAUUUCCAUCAGGUUCAACGAGUGCAACUUAUGGAACAGUUGUCGCUGGAGGUAAUGGAGGUGGAGGUGCAGCGAAUCAGUUGAAUAGUCCAAGAUCUAUAGUGGUCGACAGUAGUGGAAGUCUCUAUAUAGGUGAUCAAGGUAACAAUCGUGUUAUACGCUGGUUGCAAAAUGCGACAAGUGGUACUACAAUCGUCGGUGGUACACAAGGAACAGCAUCAAAUCAAUUCAAUGGGCUUGAACAAAUCGUGUUUGAUAGAUAUGGUAAUCUAUUGAUUACUGAUGGAGGAAAUAAUCGAAUACAACUCUUUAGUUUAACAAAAUGCUAG